AUGCUCAUUUCAACUUUGAGAGACGCAAGUCUUCUAUCCAUAGCCUUCAAGCUCAUACUUUGGGCACUAAACAGCAAGCAUCCAACUCGUCUUCUCGUCCCCAAGUCAGCAGUCACCGUGGCGUCCCAUCAGUCUCCCGUCGAGGAGGAGGAACCAGAGUACCUGCCCUACCCAGCAACCAAGCUCAUCAUCGCGCAGUACUGGCACUGCUCGCGCGACCCACCGUGUUGGGGCUACCUCAUUGUCGGCACCUUUUUCGACCAGCACAACAACAUUAUCUGGAGCACUGAGAUUUUUGCUUUUCAGCGUGACACUCGCGGUGGUCGGAGACACGGCAUCGACGAGGGGCAGUUUGUCGAGCUGUCGGAUUCGGGUGAGUCACUUUGUUUUGUCCUCAUGCGUGGCGGUUAUUCACUGCCAGUCAACCCAAGAUUUGUGAUGUCUGGGAAGGAUAUAUAA